AACUGACUGGGCUUGAAUGAAUGUUAAUACAUUUUAAUGACUCUCAUAAACAUAACAGAAACACGUAUUAACACAAGCAUAGAAAAAGUGGUUCGUAUGUUCAAAGACUCUUCAUUUAUAAUUUUACUGCCACAAGGAAGAAGUGUGGAAACAUUUGCAUUAAAACGGUGCAAAACUGCCUGCCUGUACAAUUCAUUUAAAGUUGAAUUCAUCUUAAAACCUUUUUUCUUAACUGUAAUUUUACACAACAGGAACAGAGUCCCGAAUAAAACCAAACCAAUCAGCUUGUUUUAAGGAUUUUCUCAGCCGUUAUUAUGGUGAAAUUAUUCUUAUUCUCACCUAUUUUUUUAUACUUCAUUUGAAAUCUGAAUACAAGCAGCCCUGAUACUUUCAUAUUUAUUAUAGAAACUUUCAAAAGUGACAUAAAGUAUGCAGUCUAUGUGUUUUAUUACUGCGGAUUAGGUGGUGUAAUGUCAAAGUGCGGAACGAUUCUUACUCGCGCAGCUCGGUGAUUUGAGAAGAAAGAGAUUAGUAAGAGUGGUAUUUCCUUUUUCUCUCUCCCCCCUCUCUCUCUCUCUCUCUUUAGUCGCAUGCUCAAGUCCCCGUUCUCUGGUCAAGUUCAGUGCGUUGUUCUCCGGACCGGACGGACGCCUCUUAUUGGUUAGGUUGCGACGGUUACAUCACGCCGCUCGUGACGCGCACGUCUUCCUGUUUCCUUCAGCCGUGUCUUAAAGUGAAUCUUUAGUGGCGGAGGAGCGCUCCAGCAUCCCAGUCCUCUGCAGCCGGUGCGCCUCGGAGACGCACACAUACGCACGCACACAUACACGCAGACUCUCUCUCGCGCUCGCUCUCUCUCCCUCUCUCGCACUCUCUCUAUGUCUCUCACUCUCUCAGUCACAGCAGAGGAUAGAAGGAGAGACCGACGCGCAAGAGCUCUUUUCAUCUUCUAUAUUUUUCCUAUUUUGUUCCUUGCGCUCGCGUCGCUGACUUUAUUCCAGCUCUUCCUUCUCUGAGAAACUGUUAUAUCCCAGAAUCCAGCGAAUCCGCCGUGUCCUGCGUGUAUUCUCUCUCUUUUUUUCCGCCGUAGGAGUUCAGGUUGUCCCCCUCUUCAUCUAAAGGGUACUCAGAGGCUUUGAUCCAAGAGGACUGGGUUUGUGGGAUAUGGCCCAAUAGCAGCAGCCCGUGAUGCCGGACCAUGACAGCGACUCCCUCCUGAACAGACAGACCAAGCGAAGACGUGUGGACAUUGGUGUUAAGAGGACCGUGGGCAGCACAGCCUCCUCCACAGCAGCAGCCACAACAGCAACCACCGAUAACAUUGCCCGCGCCAAAGCAGCCAUCUUCAGUGCCAUGAACUCUCUGAGCUCCCACUCUCACCACGGAUCAGACACCGACUCCAUGGAGUGCUCUGUAGUGCAGCCACAUGGUGGGCCUGGCGUUGUUACAGCCAGCGAUAGUGAGUCCAAGUCCAAUGUACUCCGAAAGCUCCUGAAGAGGGCCAACUCAUAUGAGGACACCAUGAUGCCCUUUCCUGGCACCACCAUUAUCUCUCAGCUUCUCAAGAAUAACAUGGCUAAAAAUGGAGGAGGACCUGAGAGGGGAGAAAGAGGGGACAGGGGUGAUAGAGGGGAAUCAGGAUUCCCCGGAUCAGGGCUCUCCAAUGCAAGCUCAGAUGCUCCCCAGGAGGAUGCUUGCAGUAACUCCUCCCAGGACAGCACCCCUCAAGAGUGCUUGUCACCAUUUGGCCGUCCUCCUGGCCUGGCCACCUUUGACAUCGAACGUCUCAAUGAUGAACACCUGCGUGCCAAACGAGCCCGUGUAGAGAACAUUAUACGUGGUAUGAGCCACUCACCCAGUGUGGUGGUACCCGCUGCUUCCCGUCACGAACGUGACCAUGAGAUGGAUGGAGAGCGGGAGAUGGACCUAGACUGCCCACCUCCUCAAUCUCAGCAGCAGGCCCCCAGCAGUCCAAGGGGAGGCGAGGUGUGCAGCAGUAGUAAUAGCAGCCGAGAGAACAAGCGUAAGCAGCGUCUGCCUCAGCAGCAACAGCAGAGUUUCACCCAGCUGGUGUGCCAGAGGAAGGAACAGAAGCAGGAGGAGCGACGGCAACUGAAGCUGCAGCUGGAGGACAUGCAGAAACAGCUACGCCAGCUGCAGGAGAAGUUCUUUCAGAUCUAUGACUCAACUGACGACUCAGAGCACAACGACCUCCACAAUGACCUCCACAAUGACAUAGGAAACAUGUCUGAGGACAGCCCAGCUAGGUCUGACACCGGCGGCGAUGACCGGGGUGGAGACGACUUACGCUCUGACAAUGAGAUGUCUGACCUGGACCCAGGCCAUUUCCUGGACAGGGCGCGGGCAUUGCUUCAGGAGCAGGCCCUGCUGGCUGACGGAGAGAAGCCAAGAAGAGAGGGGCUUGGCCGGAGCAAAGGACAGGGAGGUCCAGGCUCCUCCAUGCAUGCUGAAGGUAAACAGCUGGCAGAAACACUGAAGCAGGAACUCAAUUCAGCCAUGACCCAGGUGGUAGACACAGUGGUUAAGGUGUUUGCCAAACCUCCACGCCCUACACCGCAGCAGGCCUUCCCCCCGCUUUCCAUACCUCCUGAAAGAUUUCCUACUGCUGUCAAUGGAGACAAUCCCAAUUUCCACACCACCAACCAGAGGCUGGGCUGCUUUGGUGAUGUCAUCAUUCCCAAUCCACUAGACUCCUUUGCCAGCAUGCCAGGGAUGCCAGGCGCCGCCAAUGACCAAACCGAGGCACUGCCCUUAGUCGUGAGGAAGACACCCAGUGAGCACCACCAUCAGUCCUCAGCUGUAGGUGCCCAUGGUGGUCACCACCACCCCGCCCUUCACCCUUCAUCACUCUCUGCCUCCAUGGGCUUCAGCCCCCCAUCCUUUAGACACCCUUUUCCACUGCCCCUCAUGGGCUACCCUUUCCAGAGUCCCCUAGGUGCACCCACAGGUGGCUACACAGGCAAGGACCGUUCCUCUCCAGACUCCAUGGACCUUUCCCGGGAGACCACCAGCCUGAGGACCAAGAUGGCUCCAGGUCACCACAUGGGGCACCACCAUCGCUCUUGUUCACCAGCACACCCUGGCAGCACAGCCGAGGGGCUCUCCCUGUCCCUCAUCAAGUCUGAGUGCAGUGAUCUCCAGGACAUGGCUGACAUCUCACCUUACUCAGGCAGCAAUAUCCAGGAGGGUCUCUCCCCCAAUCAUCUGAAGAAGGCCAAGCUCAUGUUUUUCUACACCCGCUACCCGAGCUCUAAUAUGCUCAAGAUGUUCUUCUCUGAUGUCAAGUUUAACCGCUGCAUAACCUCCCAGCUGAUCAAAUGGUUCAGCAACUUCAGGGAGUUCUACUACAUCCAGAUGGAGAAGUUCGCCCGCCAGGCCAUCAACGAUGGAGUCACCGGGGCCGAGGAGUUGAGCGUCAGCCGCGACUGCGAGCUCUUCCGUGCCCUCAACAUGCACUACAACAAGGCCAACGACUUUGAGGUCCCUGAUCGCUUCCUGGAGGUGGCUGAAGUCACACUGAGAGAGUUCUUCAAUGCCAUUGUGGCCGGCAAAGAUGUGGACCCGUCCUGGAAGAAGGCCAUCUACAAGGUCAUCUGCAAACUGGACAGCGAGGUCCCUGAGAUCUUCAAGUCCCCCAACUGUCUCCAAGAGCUUCUACACGAGUAAAUUUCUCCUCCUCCUCCUCGCUCGACGCUUUGCGCUUUUUAAAAAUUUUCUCUGAUUUCAUAGAAUUUCAGAAUGAUAUUCUCUUUCGUUUUGUUUUCAUUUCCUUUUUCCCAAACUCUACGUUUGAUUUCCUGUUUUUUUUUUUUUGAAUGUAUGAAAGUUAUGAAGUAGCAUUCCCAAUCUGAAGCCUCUGUGGCAGUUCCUAAAUGACCUAGCUAUUGUGUUGUUGCUCUUAUAUGAUAAUUAUCAUGAUGGUUAUUCUUUGUUUUGUUUUUCUAAGAUUCUGAUGAACUGAAGAGACUCUAAUUUUACUGGGUGUUUUCUGGACUGUGUGAACCCUCAUCUGUUUUGGCCUGUUAUAUGAUCAACACUAACUAAGUCCUCAGUGUGUGGAAGGAGUUACUGAGUUCCCAUUUACGCUACCAAGAACAUAGGCUGGGUUCCUUAAAGACUUUGUUCAAUGGCACCCAGGGGUGUCCCUCCAAUCCAGUGGGUGUCCACAUGAACUGUCCCCGCAAAGAGCAAAGUGGGUGACCAACAGACUGUGCUACUGAAGAUGUGCCCGACAGGACAGUCUCACACACACACACACACACACACACACAUACAUGCACACACAAACAAGGCCUAGUGAGGUUAUUGACUGGACUAAAACUGGACUCGUGGUACUGGUCUGUACUGGUCUGUGGGACUUGGACUAGUUUCAAAUAGCUACUGAGCUCUACCAUGUUUUGAAGUGUGUUUUCCCUGCAAGUAGGGCAUUGUGUUUAUUGGGUGUACAUUAUUAUUUUUGAUUAUUAUUAUUGUUGUUGUUUAUGAUUAUUAUUAUUUGUCAUCACUGCUUGCUGAAGAUUUGGCACUUCGAGAUUUGUUUGUCCCCUUGAUGCCGUUGCAGAAAAAAAUAAAUUAUUGCUAUUAAUAUUA